AUGUUCAGGGUCAGCGUCUUCACGUCUUUGAGGGACGUGGCUGUAAUGGCCAUUGUCAGUUGCCGAAAGCCGCUAAGUAUUGAAUCCCAGGCUUGCACCACUUCACUUUUCGACAUUGACACAGGACCUCCCUCGCCAAUACCCAUGAGAGCGAGCCCUUCCCCCUCUAGUUGUCUCGUUCUUCUAAGCAAGUCCUCUAAACGGCCUUCCAUUGUAGAACGAGACUUUGACAGUGCAGCAUCUGGGACGCGUGACAGGCCGACCGCACGGCCAAAGCCUAUCGCUUCUCGUAGCGGACGUUUCUCCACCGCUUCCUUCUCUGCAUUCGCUGCCUGGGCAAUAUCCCUCCCAAUCCUCGACGACCAGUCCCGGGCAGAUACAGUGGAGCCACUCCCUUCGCUAGUAAACCUCUGCUCUCGCUGCGCCCUUCUAUCUUGUUCCUCUCUCGUCAGCGCAGGUCUUUGGAUGGUCGAAUCGUAUUGUCGAAAGGAGCGCGGGCGGCCUCUUCCGCGGGCACCUCUACGCCAAGACCCCGUACCUCUCCGCCAGUGUCCUUCCUCACGUUGGUCAUCCCCGCCGCGAUACAUGUGUGGAGGAGUCGCUCCCCUUUGGAUUCUUUUGCAGACGCAUCCACAGAGCGCGAGGAAUCGCUACUUUGCAGUUGCCGCAAAAAGAUAG